UUCCCUUCCUGUGGUUGUACAAGCUGUGGAGCUACACCAGGCGUAUGUUCAUAUACGAACGUAGGAAAUUGUGUGUGAUUCAGUGUGUGAACUUGUGCAGUGCACUUGGCUGCCCCUGGCUCCCUGGUCCUCCUCUGGAGAAAAGUCAGGCUCCUUUUUGGUUAUUCACAUCUGAACAGUUAACCCUUUCAGUGGGUAGUUCAGGUUUUACAAUAUUCACAGGACCACACAAUCAUCACCACAGCCACGGAACCUUUUAUUACCAUCCAAAGAAGCCUCACGUUCAUGAGCAGCCACUCCUUAUUUUUGUCUGUCAGCCUCCUGUGCGGACAUUUCAUGUAAAUGAACCUGGCACCUUGUGGUCUUUGUGUCUGGCAUCUUUCACUCAGCAUGAGGUUUCCAAGCUCUGUCCAUGCACACUUUCUGUUGAUGGCUGAGUACUAUCUACCCUCCUUGAGGGAUGUGCCACAUUUGGUGUGUCCAUUGAUCAACUGGUGGACAUGGGGUAGUUUCCACCUUCAACUAUGAAUCUGCUGCUGUGUUUGUGUGCCAGUUAGUGGACGUCAGUUCUCAAGUGUGUUGGGCGCAUUCACCUGGGAGGGAAUGUCUGGGUAAACACUAGGUCCACUUUCAAUGUUCGAGGGCUUCUGGCUGUUUGCCAAUGUGAGAGCGUCAUUUGGCCUUCCACGAGCAGCGUGCGAGGGCUCCACCUUCCCCACAUCUCACCGAUGGUCACCCCACUUGUCAUCUAACUUCUCCACACAUGGCCUUUGCUGCCAUUUUUGGAGUACUUCUCAGUUAUUCAAACCAGGAUGGAAUGCUUAUUUGAGUUCAUGAGUUUCUGAAUUUCUUGCUGGUGGGGACAGCGGGCUCUGCUCCUUGCACUUGCUCAGAAGGUCAACUGAAUGUCUGGAUGGACCGUGGGGCUCACAGGCUCUGGAGGGGCAUGACUUUUUUUUCUUUCAGUCACUAAACUAUCACGUUGUGCCAGCGAGUUCAAAAGUGUUUUCUUUUCGAUCUCGUGUCUGUUGACCUUUCCAUAUCUUGACCUCUCCCACCUCUCACCAGGGACCUUGAAACCCAAGCACAGAAGGAGCUGUUCUGAAUCUUUUUCAGGCUACCAAGAAAGGAGAAGCUGCACACUGUGGUGGACUGCUCCUCUGGAUGCCCUUCAGUCGGUUCCACACUGCAGGACACAUGAUUUUCCUCUGACAGCUCCACCUGCUUUGCCAGCAGAGAAGAUGGCUGCUACAAUGUUGUCCUUCUGCUCAGAGAGGAGAUGUCUUCAUUUUGCAAGCAUUAUUAUCAGUGGAGCAAGAAAUGGACAUGGUGACCUACAUACCUAAAAAAUUGAUUUUGGAAUUGUGCAUAGCAUCAAAUUUACCUUAUAACCAAUUUGUAGUGAGCAUGGAGAAGAUGGAGGACACCAGUCUGCUGCCCAGCCCCAUCCUCAUCAGCAUCAGGAGCGAGAUGGCCUUCCAGUUCAUCGAGCUCAAGGAUAGAGAGACCUUGGUGGAGACCCUGCUUGAGAGACUGAAGCAGGUCCACGCCAACCAUCCUGUGCACUAUGACACCUCAACCAAUGACAAGGACAUGGCUGAACACACAUCACCUGUUUUGUACUUGACAAGCAUGUGCAGUGAGCACAAGUUUGGGGAUCUUGAAAUGGUGUCCUGUCACAGCAGCAAGGAGCAUGAAGACAAGAGCCCACCUCUGCACCCCGGACCCCUGACUGUUGUCCUCCAGGCUUUGGGCAGCCAGAACCCUGACUCCUACCUGGUUGGUGAGGCCACUCCUUCCCUUGUGUGCCAUGGGCACUGGAGGCUGGGCAAUGACCAUGGAGGGUGUGGCACCUGAGCACCAGCUCCUCUUGCCCCGGGUGGAGAGGUGGCCGUGGACCUUGGGCAGCAAGGGCUCUCUUGAGGGCUCAGACAGCAGAGGGGGAGCCAGCCUUCCCCUGUCCGUUAGUGGCUCUCAUGUCAUUCCUGCCGUGUGACUUGGGCAGCGGGCGGUGCCGGCCCUGUGGGUUUUCAGGUGUCAACAAAGUGUUCCUCCCACUGGUCGGUGGCGUCUGUGAGCAUCUCAGUGUCAGUUUCCUACAUGUGUGUCUUGGGACAAAGGGCUGCCUGUCCUCUAGUUUUAUGAACUAAAAUUAUUUUUGCUACAUUCAUACUUUUUUCUUUAUAUGGAAAAUUUGAGGCGAACAGACUCCAAUUUCGUAACUAGACUCUAAGUGGCAGUGAAGAGACUAGUUUUGACCUUGUCACUGCGUUGGGGACCAGGUGUGGCUGCAGACCUUAUUACCCCACACUCCUUCUCAGUUACUGCAGGUCCUACAGCAUCGAUUGUUACUUUCAUCAAUCCAGACUGAACCUUUCUUUUCAGAUGUGAUGCAUGCCCACACACACACACGGGGGGUAUGGGUAUAUAUAUAUAUAUGCGUGUGUAUUUAUUAUGUAUAUAUGUAUUUACAUUUGUGUAAACAUAUAUAUGAUUAUUUCCUUAAUCUAUAAUUUCCUAAGU